AUGGCCGAUGGCGUCAAGGAUGCCGUCGCCUCCACACCCCACCUUCGCCAGAUCCUGGCCAUUCGACAAGAGAAGCCUGCAGGAGGGCAGAACUGCACGACAAACGCGACGUGCCACCAUGGGACGUGGAUGGGAGAAACAUGCCAGCAUGAGCAAAAGUCGCUCAAGACGGCCUUCCUCCUCAGCUUCCUCUUGGGCAACAUUGGCGCCGAUCGUCUGUACUUGGGCUAUGUGGGCAGCGGGGUGGCCAAGCUCCUGAUCAACCUCUUCUUUUACAUGUGCCGCACCCUCAACGGAGGGCGCCAAGCUGACCUCGCCUAUGGCGCCACCGUGGGCACCCUCCUGGUCUCGGCCGCUACCGUUUGGCUCUGGUGGCUCGUCGACUGGAUCAUGAUCGUCACCGACGCCCUGCCGGACGACUCUGGCUACCCGCUCUUCGACAACUUGUAA